AUUUAGCACUGAAACACAUAGGGGUUGUGCAGAGAACCGUGUACUCUUCCCACGCAUCAGCAUUGGUGGAACUGAACUGGGGUGGAGUCCUGGUGUAUUUUGGGGGCAUAUACCUGCAAAGACGCUGUACUUGCUGAAGCUUUCCAUCUGGACUUGCCGCUCGGCGCUGAGGACGACAGCGAGGAACCCAUUCACUGAGAACCGCUCACUAAGACUGGCACCAUGUCACGACCUAAAGCCAAAAAAUCUCCACGGAAGAAGGCUGAUGCUCCAAGUGCCAUAGGUGUUUACACGGACUCACUCGGGUUCGUUUCUAUGGAUUACAAUGUCCCAGGCCUUUCCAAAGUUAUUCUUUCAAAAUUGAAUAUGGAAAGUUAUGAUGAUUACAGAGCAGCGUUGGAGGGAAGGAAAUGUGCUUCGGAUUUUGGAAUCCGUACUUACCAGGAGAUGUUUCAGAAGAUGGAAGACACGUUUAAAUUCUGCGCAGAGUGCAAGAAGCUUCCGGAAGGUCUGGCAGAUCCCAGGGCUUUGCGACGCUGCAAAAGAUGUCAGAAUGUUUAUUACUGUGGGACAGAUUGUCAACGAGCAAGCUGGCCUGUGCACAAGAAGUUAUGCAAGAAAUUAAAGUGGGCGGCGAUCGACCGGCUGGUCGAGUGGCUCGUGUUCACAGGUGACAUUCCCUUUCCAAGUCUAAACUGGACCCAGGCUGUGUCGGAGGUGAAAGGUUGGGAUGCAUGGUUCUUAAUGCAAGAAGACCUGGAUACCAAAUUGAGCACCAUUCUGAACUGUAAGUACAUGAAGAUAUUGUGGGAAAAUGCCGGGAGGCCACAGCCUGAAGAUGAGGAGCUAUUAGAAUCCAUCAAACGGGUGACCACUGACUUCCAGGCAAGGCCAGUUACAAUUGGACUAGCUCUGCACCGUUUUGGCAUUAACCCCUGUGAGAAGCCCAUCACCAUUCACGUUGUUGGUGCCUCUCACACUGAGACCCUUAAUGCCAGAUGUACGGAUUAUGACGAGUUGGCACAUAUGUUUCCAGACAACGAUGGGAUCGAGGUGGUCAUGAUUGGCCCUGAGGUAGUGGCAGGACCGACUCUCCGGCCCCCCUUGGAGUCCUACGCUGGCAGGAGGCGGGUGUAUCUGAGCGGCUGGAAGGGACUGUACCACAUGUAUUGGGAGACAGUGAUAGAGCCAGGACGUGCUUCUCGGCCUAGUCUGGUGGUGGGAUUUCAUCCAGGGUUUCAUGUCUCACAGGGCUUGGCUGAGGGCUGGCUCCCAACACUUCUACUACUGAGGGACUACAACAUCCCAUCUCUCUUUACAGUGUACAGUGACCAGGAGUUGAAAUAUUCCCUGGAGAUCCUUCAGGAGCUGGAAACCCGAAUCAUUGGUUACGGGAUGAAUCCUUUCGCCUCCCUGAAACUAGAGCAGGUGCACUCCAGUCCCAGCAAGCAGCUGAUCCACAGCAACUCCAGCUUCCUGAUGUUCCAAGGAGUUACCGAGUCCCUGAAUGCAAUGGAUGAGGAGGCCAUGGGACAGGAGAAUCUCCUUCAAGGACAGUCAGAGUGACAAGCACAUGUAGACGUUGAAAGGAGGAGGGCUUUCUAUAGCAAGGAAAAAUAACCUGGUUUUGUUUUGAAGGAAAGCUAAAUCACGCAAAAAAAAAGAACGAUUUUAUUUCAGAAAUCAUAAGAGGCCAUUCAGCUUUGUUAACUCAGAAGGAGCUGGCCAAUCGUCCCUCUUAACUUUUUCCUCAUGGCCACCCAUUUUUCCCCUUUCAAACAUUUAUCCAAUUGUCUCUUGAAAGCUACUAUCAAGUCUAGGUCUACGCCCUGUUCAACAGAACACAGCAACUGUAUGUGUUUACAAAACAACGUUUUUUUAAUGUUUUUGUCUAUUACAAAAUGAUCUGUGUCCAUCGUUAACAGGGCCUGGAAACAAUCCCUCCUUAUUUAUUUUGUUAAAAUCCUGCCUUACUUAGAACACCUCUGAUAAAGGGACCGGUUGCUGACCCCCAAGCUGGACAGUGCAGUGGGAGAAAAAUCGCUGUGUUCAUUAAAUUCUACACAAUUCCACAUGAAAUUUACUGCAGCAUCAGCUUUCUUCCAGACCUCCCUCAAUGAAAGCAGGAAACAUUGGGGCCUUUAGAUCAAAAAUAUGCCUUUUGGGUAACUAAAAAACCGGAAAGAACUGCGAAUACUGUAAAUCAGGAACAAAAAUAAAGUUGCUGGAAAAGCUCAGCAGGUCUGGCAGCAUCUGUG